AUGUCACAUGAAUCUGUCUGGUAUUCGCGCCCACGAACCUACGGAAAGGCUUCUAUUGGCUGUGUUGUCACUGGUGACAAGAAGAAGUCUGGUAUCAUCCGCAAGUACGGACUCAACAUGAGUCGUCAGGCUUUCCGCGAGAAGGCACAGGAUAUUGGUUUCGUCAAGGUACGCUUGAGAGGCAGCCCUCAUAGACAGGAACUAGGGUCGAAUAGAGAGCAUGGGAGCUGA